AUGAUUCCUAUGAGCACUGAUAACGAGAUCGGUAUGAAUGCAAUGCCGGUCCGUAAGAGACAAUCGCCGGACAAUAACAGUCUGAAUGAGACCACAAGUAGUGCGGGAACUAGCGAUACGUCUGGCAGCACAUCAUCGCUACCGUCGGCGGACUCAAUGGACUCACUAUCGGACGAGAGAUCUACCUUUAACUCUACCGCUAACGGGUCAGCGCAGGUCAAUAGUUUGCAACCAUGUUCAAUAUGGCACAUCUCAUUGACAUGGGUUUCCAUCGGGCUGUGCGUGUAUGACGUUUACAGCGAUUACGCGCGGGCUGUCAAUUAUGGCCUCGAUCAACAUUAUUUGUAUUGCGCGCUGACUCUGGCGUCCGCACUGACACCCUUAUGGAUUAUAACAACAAUUAUACGGCACAGGGAUGACAACAAUACCAGCGACCACUUCCCUGUCUGGUCGAGCGGACACAACACCCUCUCGCCAGACAACGGGGAGCCGUCCACUGGGUUUGACCCGUUGCCGCCCCCCGUCUGGUAUCGCUAUACACGCACUUUAUUAAUGUGGGCAAAAUUGGCGCACAUUCAGCGAUAUAUCGAUAUAUUACUCCACGGACUCAACUCCAGGCAACGAUCUAGGUCGCGUGAAUCGAGACAAAUGAAUUUAAACGCGGUGCGACACAAAAGUACCGAGAUGACCACUUUAAUGCUCAUGGUUUGUUUCAUGGGGUCGGCGCCUCAGCUCGUGCUGCAACUCUAUAUUGAGGCUAAGGAUAUGCCACAGACCAUCAGUUUGUGGACUGAGGUGUGUAUAUUGGGAUCGUUAGUGGCCCUCUCAAAGUCAAUGUUGUCGUCCGAGUUCAUACAAAUGCCCAACAUGCACUUGCAGAAUUGUUAUUUAACGAGUGUUUGGUACGGCCAGUGUCCGGACGAUCGGUGGUAUAAAACGGUCGCAGUGUUGCCGACUAUAUCGAGCAUUUAUAUUGGACUCAACGCUAUUUCUAGUAUCAUGGACAUUUGGAAGCGUAGCACUGGCCCGCCGGCCACUAGCUCACCAAUGGCUACUCAGGCCAAGUGCCAUAACAAACGUAUGAUCAAUUGA